ACGAAUCGGAUCUGAGCGACCUGGCGGCGGAGCACUCGCUGUGCGCGUCGAGGGAGAAGGGCGGCAUGGUGGGGUGGAUCUCCAAAGGCUCCACUGAGCCGGAGUUUGAGGAGGCGGCGUUCAAGGCGAGGCCAGGCGAUGUGGUGCGGUGCAAGACCAAGCACGGAUGGCACCUGCUGCAGGUGCUGGGGGACAGGCACGCGGCGGUGCUGGACCAGGUGACGGUGGAGGAGUUCGCGCGCCGCCUCAGCGAGGAGUACGUGAUGCCGCUGCCACAGGGGGGUGCAGCGGGCAGGGGGGCCGGGGACAGCGAGGGGCGGUCGCUGGAGGCAGAGCUGGCGGAGGCGCAGGCGGAGAGUGAGGGGAGGCGCGCCGUGCAGCUGGUGGACGUGCGCGAGGCACGGGAAGUGGAGAUGGCGGCCAUCCCCGGGUUCACAGUGCUGCCGCUGAGCCAGUUCGGCCAGUGGGGGCCGUCCAUCGCUGACACACUCGACCCUCACACUGACACCUACCUCCUGGUAUCGCACACAACCACACAGGACCGUCGCCCCGCCACCCACCCUCGCUCCCUUCCACCCUCGCUCCCUUCCACCCUCGCUCCCUUCCACCCUUGCUCCAUUCUUUGCUCUUCCCUCCUCUCUCUCCCUUCCUCGUAUCCCUUCCUCCGGUCCACAUCUCCCGUCAUCCGUCCGUCUCCCUCGCUCACCACUACACCCUCUCCCUUCCCUCUCUCUUCCUGUUCUGUUCCACCUGUUUCUUCUUCUCCUCCGCGUGUUGACCCUCUUAUCCCAUCACUACACUUGGUGCACAUUCCACAGCACCGCCACUCAUGGAGCUUUGCUGCAUGCAGCUCCACCCACAACAAUGCGACUUACUACUCUGCCACGUCAUCCCCCACUCCUCCAAUGUGCUCCCUCCUGCCGUGCCUCCAGGGCUUCACGCGCCUGUUCAACAUUGCCGGGGGCAUCGAUGCAUACUCGCUCAGGGUCGACCCCUCCAUCCCCCGUUACUAG